AUGCCCCAAGCUUCCUACAUAGAAUGUGAAAUUCGCACUAUCGAUCUUAAACAUAAAAAUCAACUAAAUAACUCCGACAACAUGGUCAAGAUUGGAAUCGACUUGCGAGAGUACUAUCCUAGCGUCGAGUGGGACAUUCUUGGAGUACCAGCAGAACGCCAUGAGAAAUACUAUCCGUGCUGUGCAGAGCCAUAUCCUGAUAUUUUCUUUAACAUCACAUUACGACGAAAGACGCUGUUCUACACAGUCAAUUUAAUAAUACCUUGUGUUGGUAUUUCCUAUCUAUCCGUGCUCGUGUUCUACCUACCGGCUGAUUCAGGUGAAAAAAUUGCAUUAUGCAUCAGCAUUCUGCUAUCGCAAACCAUGUUCUUCCUCCUGAUAUCGGAAAUCAUUCCCUCUACCUCGUUGGCUUUGCCACUGCUUGGAAAAUACCUCCUAUUCACAAUGAUACUAGUAGGGUUGAGCGUCGUGAUCACCAUUAUUAUACUGAAUAUCCACUAUCGCAAGCCGAGCACUCACAAGAUGGCACCGUGGGUCAGGAAAUUCUUUAUCCUGCGUCUACCAAAAUUGCUCCUGAUGCGGGUGCCAAACGAUUUGCUGAAGGAAUUAGCGGCCAAUAAAAUAAACUACGGAAUCAAGAUCAGCAAGAGCAAAUUUGGUGCAGCACUGGCAGCACACUCACAAAUGCAGCAAAAUUCGGGUGGAUCCAGCCCCGAUUCAAUAAGGCACAUGCAGGGUCGUCCCGGAGGAUGCAAUGGACUGCACACCACAACAGCCACUAACAGAUUCAGCGGGCUGGUAGAGGCUCUCGGUGGUGGCCUUAGUAGUCUCGGGGGCUACAACGGGCUUCCUUCGGUUAUGUCUGGCUUGGACGAGUCUCUGAGCGACGUGGCGCCAAGGAAGAAAUACCCAUUCGAGUUGGAAAAGGCCAUUCAUAACGUUAUGUUUAUACAGCACCAUAUGCAGCGCCAGGAUGAAUUCAAUGCGGUAAGUUUGGCCGAAAGCUAG